GAUUUUUUUUCAUCUGGUGAUGUUAUUUUGUUUUCACAACGUGUCACGGCGACGACGGUGAUUGCAAAAUUAUUGAACACAGUGGUAGUGAGCGAGGUUGCGCACCAGGUAGCAGCACCAGGGAGAGAGAGAGAGAGAGAGAGCGCGCUCGGUAGACCAUACAGGGGGCAUUGCAGAGGGUGCGACGACAGGAGAAUGUGAGCGCACCGAACAACUGCGAUGAAAGUGCGGUGGAAGAAAAACACAAUAUUAGCAGUGCGGGCAAAAUAAACAAAAAGGUUAAUGCACGACGAAUGGGGGCAAAUGUUGUGUGUGCGAAUGCGAAGCCCAGUAAUGAGUCAUAAACAAUGAGUGAAAAAUGUCAACAUUUGUAAAGAUUUCGAAAAGAAUUAUCAUUCAUCGUGAGACGUGUUGUUGACAUUUUUAGCUGUUGAGUAAGUGUCACUCGGAACCAGGAAGCGAAUGUGGUCAGACAGGUUGAAUGUGAGUGACAUUGGUCCGUAUACGGCGAGUGUCGCAAUGUGUCACGAGAAGUGAAGAAAAGUGCAAUCCGCUCACAGAGUAGUGUGGCGAAGCAGAUUUUGCGAUGUUAUUACAGUCUAUUUAAAUUGUGGAAUGCUUGAGGAAUCGAAUGUCGAGAAGAGGCAACGCGCAAUAAUUGCCGGGUGCAGAGUGCGACGAGUGAAUUAAAAUAAGAAAAAAAAAACCGUAAAACUCGGAAAAGUGAAAGGCAUUGCCGCGAACGAGUGGAAAAAAAGUGGAACGAAACACACGAGAAGAAUCGGAACUUCCAACAACCAACCAGCAACCACCGAAUGAAUGGGCGUAAAGGAAGCAAAACAGGAAAAAAACACGACGUUUUAAGGUCGGUGUCAAUGGUGAGAAAAAGCGUAUGAAUAAAAUACGAAAACCGAUUAUUUUCGAGCCAUCGAGGCUGAAUGUCAACUGGUGCUGUGAGUGAGUGAAAUAAACAGGCUGUUUACCGCGGUGAAUUAUCAUCGGACAACAAUCGUGCAGUGCAGUGCGGUGUGUUACAUGAAGAUAGGUUAUUUUACUUUUUUACAUGAUCGAGUCGGUUGAAUGAAUUUAUGAGGAAAAGUUUUCAAAAGGUGAACUACAUAUAAAAGAUUUCUUCGUGUGCGGGUGCGACUUCCUUCGGUCGAGAAUCGUUUACAAAAUGGCUAGACAAAGCGAUGUCGACGGUUGCUCAUUUUCCGUGCCACUGAAUCUACCGGUUCCGCAGUACCUUCCCUCCUACUGUUGUUGUAACCCUUCGUCGUCAUCCCGAAGCAGCAGCAAUGUCAACGAAAGCCGUUCCACCCGCGUCGGGUCCUCCGUCAUCCCCGCCGCAGCUGCCGGCAACUCCCGCUCCGGUCGUCGUGUUGCGUUCCGCGAAGGUGUCCUCGGCGGUCGUUGUUGAACAUCCGGCAACGGCGGGAUCUCCGGCGGUAGUUCGGGUGCUGCACAAGGACUCGGACAAUAGCCGAACCAGUGCGUCUACGCUGAAGAACCUUUCCAACGAUCUGAGCGAACUGCUCGUGAAGAAUCUCAGCUUGAAGCGGAACAGUGAAUCCUUUUGCACGUUGGAAGACCCCUCGGUGCUGACCAACGAAUCGGGCGGCGGUGCCAGCGAAGGCCACAAUAGUGAUAGUCUAGGAUUAAUCACCCGAAGCAAGCAGCCGAACCGCAACUCGCUGUGUGAUACGUUCAGUUCGGUGAACAAGCUGAUUAAGCUGAAACGUGUAUCGAGUGAUAGCAGUAGCAUUAGUGGUUAUACGAAGAUUUAUCAUCCGGGUGUGGGAGGUGAAUCGACCCUGCAGCAUAGCAUCAAUCCGCCUCCGCAGGCCAAGUUCAAACGUGUCGAAGUUAGUGUGCAAAAAUUGCCUAGCGAAUCAAUAGCCCCCAGGAAGGGCAUCAUAGUGAAUCAGUUCGACCAAUUAGUGUCUCCGUCUGGUGAGAGUGAAAUUGUGCCUCUUUUGGUGAAGAAGAAAUCUUCCUCUGAAACGGAAGUUAGUGGUGCGGAAGAAGCUCUGGGGGGAGGGUCAAAAGUGUCGAAUUGUGCGAACAGUGCGGGUGUUAAAUUUCGCCGAAGGAUUCAGAGUCCAGCGGUGGCGGCGAGUGGGCCGUCGUUAAGGUCCGGAAGGGUCGUUGGAUCCAUCCUGAAGUCGGUGGAAGAAGAACGUUACAAGAGAAGAAGUUUGCAGUGGCCGUUGGGUUUGGGACCGGGUGGUUGGGGAAGUGAGGUGGUGUCGGAAACGGGCGAGGAGUCAACAACCGUUAUCGACGAGGAGGUUCAGCAGUCGGCGGAAGACGGGGGUGUAGGGGAGGAACGGAGAAGGAAGACCCAUUUUCGGCACUCGUGGAACGCUCCGGGCUACGAUUUGCUACUGGAGGAAGACCGGAACGGGGAUUCGAAGAAGGACUUUGCAUCGAUCGUGCACAACCUGGCUGGUUUACGGAGCGCUCUCGCCAAUGGCGGUUCCCACGAGUCCGCAUCGCUACUGGAGCCACAUUCGCCGCAGUUCAGUGGCCCCCGACCGUUGGUCGUAUCGGGAGGUGUUGGAGGAGCAGGAAACAUUCAGGCGAAUCGCCGGUCCCCAGUUGGCUGUAAUCCAUCCUCACCGGUAGUGCCAUCGAUGGCCACCGACGGAAGUCAUCCCGUUUCGAUGGGGGCUCAGGUGCCACGGAAACGUAGACUGGAAGCAUUUCUCAAAAGCCUCGUAGGGAGAAGGCCAUCGAAGGAACCCCCACCAGCACCGCCCCCUCCACCUGCUGCUCCUCAAUCGAUAGCAACCAAUGUGCCGCUACUGUCCUCGCCAGAGAUUAAGAUCAGCAAGAGCCCCUCCGAGCAUAACCUGGUCGAGAUGACGCGAAGUCGACUUAACAUUUCAACGACUUCGCUCAGCUCCGUUCACCAGAAGCUGUGGUCGGUGGUUCCUCUGCUGAAGAAGGAUGUCAGCUGCACCAGUUUGGCACCACCGAAAUCCGUGCCUCUGCUAGGGUCACAACCCAAGGGCGGCCUGCGGAAGUGCGAAACAGUCCUCGCUUUGACCAAUUCCGGCCAAUCGGUCGAACCCAUCAAACCGCAAAAUCGAUUGCGCAAUUGUGCUUCGGUGGCCACGUGCUCCCGUUGUUCUAGUCUCCUAUCUCUCGCAGCAGCUGGAUCGCGCUAUUCCCUCAACCUAUCCAACGGUGGCUUUGUGGCCGUUGGUGGCGCUGGAACAAACUCACAACUAGGUGGCGGUGCUACCGAAACCGUUAAAAACGUAGACAGCCUACUGCGACUGACAAAGACCUCGUCGGGACCAUCGUCGUCCUCUUCCUCCUCUCCAUCGCCUAGCGGUGCUUCCUCGUGCUCCUCGUCGCCUUCGGGAUCAUCCUCCUCGUCGAACAGCAGCAGUCGGGUUUCGGUAACGUCGCGGGCGGCCAUGCUGGUGGCACCUCCGAGUCCUACGAUUGUGACCGCCACCAGUGGGGUGCCAGCGCUGACGCCGACUGUCAAGUUUACCUGUAAGCUGUGCCUCGGCGAAUACAGCGCCGAGAAUCUCACCCGGAUAUCGCAGUGCGGCUGCUCGUUCUGUACGGAGUGCAUGACGGCGUACAUCGAGUUCGAGAUCUCCGAAGGUGCUUACGAGGUGUCCUGUCCGGAUGCGAUGUGUCCCGCCCAGGGUAUCGUCACGAUCGGCGAGAUAACGAACCUAGCAUCGGCCUCCCUGGUGGACAAACACCACCGCUAUCGACUGAAUAGAGAAGUAGAACUGGACAAGUUCCGCACCUGGUGCCCGCGGGCGGGCUGCGAAACGAUCUGUCAGGUCGGCCAGAACCAGCCGAACCACCGCCAACCGACCAGCAACAACGCGUCUUCCGAUAGAAUAGUGCAGCUGCCGGCGUCCUCGUCGGGUCUCCCAUCGCCCUGUGCCGUGCACUGCCCAACCUGCCGGGAGGACUUCUGCUCCGGCUGCAAGAAGGCCUGGCACCCGACGAUGUCCUGCGAGGAGAACACCCGUCGGCUGGCGGCCGAUGGCCAAACGGACGCCCUCGGCAUUCCCUUCGACAAUGAUCUCAUCAAGUGCUGUCCGAUGUGCGCCGUGCCCAUCGAGAAGGACGAAGGCUGUGCGCAGAUGAUGUGCAAACGGUGCAAGCACGUCUUCUGCUGGUACUGUUUGGCUAGUUUAGAUGACGACUUCCUGCUGCGACACUACGACAAGGGUCCCUGCAAGAACAAGCUCGGGCAUUCACGGGCAUCCGUUGUGUGGCACCGGGCGCAGGUCAUCGGGAUCUUUGCUGGAUUUGGGAUUUUACUGUUGGUGGCCUCGCCUUUGCUGCUGUUGGCGGCGCCCUGUAUCGUGUGCUGCAAGUGUCGCAUUUGUAGCGGGGCUGCCAAACUGGAAGAAACGGAAGUGGACUACGACGACCCGACGGGACUUCGAUAAGCACCAGGGAUUCUGGGACGCUGUAGAAUAGUUUUACUUUGUGACUUAUUGAGCGGGAGAAUUUUGUAGUUGGAAAUGUAGCACUCCGUAAGGAGGUGAAGUACAAAUAUUGUGGAUUUCAAAAA